GAACAUAGAGCAAAAUUCCGAGAGCAACACUGAUAAUUAUUGCACCAAACCAAUCAAUAUCCUCGAUGAGGCGGCACGUCCAGGGCUUCAACGCCCCUGACUGGCUGACAACUGACGGCAGUGACCAGAUAGCUACCAGAGAAAGGCAGAGGUUGAUCAUUGCCAUCAUGUAAUAAAUAGGCCCAUCGCCAGCCAAUGGUAUCAGUGAAUAUACCUCCUAGGACCAGACCAACGGCAUACCCCAGGGGUUGACCCAUCCCAUUCAUUGCAAAGGCAACAUUGCGCCAAGUGCCUUUCGGGAAAGUGUUAGUGAUGAGGCUGACUGCUGUGGGCAGACACAUGGAGAUCGCAGCACCGCACCGGCAAGAGUGCGGAAUACAAUGAUUUGGAUUUCGGUCUUCGCUAACUCCAAUAGCGACUGUGAAAAUAACAAAGAGAAAGCUCCCAACAAUCCACAUCAGCUUGGCUCCAACAGCGUCUGCAAUCGACCCAAAGACAAGGAGCAAACAACCAGCGGCAAGCGCAUAGACAGCAGCAGGCCAGAGGAUCAGCGCUUCGGGUAUGCCGACAUCUUUUGCGAUCCGAGGCAGUGCGGCUAUGAGAAUGCCGGAGCCCAUGGUGUUGAGAAAGCUUACACCAGCUAAAGUGAUGAUGACCAUUACGGCUUUCGCUUUGGAUAUAGUGAGGGUGGUUGAGGAGGCCGUUCCUUGUGUUGGCUCUGGUCCAUCGUCAGAAGGUAGGAGGACUCCAGGAGCUCCCUGUGGUGUUUCAGCAAUAGUUCUUCCCUGUUCGUCGCCAGCCUGGUGGGGCCUAGAUGAUGUUGACAAUGCGAGUGACUUUGAAGUCGAUGCAAGAUGGUUGAAUUCGACUGUCAAAGUCGCGGUAUUUGCCUGGUUGUGCCAUAACUUGUAUGCGGCUCCACCAAGCCAUCGGCAACCGAGUUAAGGGGCUGAAAUGACGAGCAGAGAGAAGCUAAAGUUACCUUGCAAGUGAGCUUGCAUUUCCGCCUCCAGUCAAGUAACUUGGCCAUCGUGAG